AUGGCACGCUUCAGCCCAAGACUUACUUUUGCGGCGGUUAUCUGGCUCCUGGCGCUCCAGUCAAUCGUCCAGGCGAGCAAAGUCGACCGCGUGACGGCCGUUGUGGGCUUCGCCGUAGCAGCCACCAUUGUGAAUGCCACUUACUUUUACGCGAUCGUAAGAUUCCGGGGUGAGGCGCACUGUGUGGACAUGGGUGCCUGCUACUCUGUGGGCUGGAUCGGCGCAGCUGUCGCGGUGAUUGCCGACCUUCCGAGGCAGACGCUUGACGCGAUCACAGCCGUGCUCGCGUUUCUCAGCCUCACUGGCCUCCACCUGGUGCCCUAUAUAAAUAUUUUGCUCGCACCUCCCAAUUUUUUACUCGAGCCCACUAGUGGGUUUGUGCCACAAUUUGGAGAUCAUUAUCAUCAUCGCCUCUGGAGGGCACACGGGGCCGAAUUGCGGACGUUCCUUCUCACAACUGUGUGGUUCUUGUCGACGAUAGGAAAGAGCCUCCAGGAGUGGCGGGAGGAGUACAAGAAGCAGCGCCCCUCCCACAUCGCUUGCCUGCCGCCGAACAGGGAGUGCACCAUCGAUGCUCGAGGAGUCAGCCCGACUGAGCGGGAACUCAUACUCAGGACGCACAACGACUACAGGAGCAUGGUAGCCAUGGGCAAAAUUAAGCCCUUUCCAGAAGCCAAGAAUAUGCAGCAGCUGCACUGGGAUGAAGAGCUGGCUUCCGUGGCACAGACGAAGGCCGACCAGUGCACCCCUGACAGCGGAAAACUGAUGCACGACAAACCCGAAGAUCGUUUCACAACCAACUUCAAGUCCACGGGACAAAACAUGGCCUUUCGCGCCAACAGCGCCCGUUUCAAUGCCACUGACUGGCCCGGUCAGAUCAAGGCGUGGUUCGACGAGUACACCCACUAUCCGCCGCACAGCAUCGAUCACUUCUCGCCUCCCAGCGGAGAGCCGACCGGACAUUUCACGCAGGUUGCAUGGGCAACGACGCCUUACGUGGGCUGCGGCUUCGUGGACUACAUCGUCGAAGGCUACUCGAGGUUGCCGUACAUGCAACUCUACGUAUGCAACUACGCCAGCGCAGGCAACGUUUUGUUGCGGCCCGUGUACAUUCCCGGUGAUGUGUGCUCCGCCUGCCCAGAAGGCACCACAUGUGUCAAAGACACCGGGCUGUGCACGACUGCUGAAGCAGGUGGGCAUUCUUACACGCAACCGGAUUCAAACCGACCGGAAGCGAGUAAACACGGUGACGACGGACAUGUUCAAGGUUCUACGUCAACUCGAAAAAGCCCUGCGCCGGCAGUCGUUCAGCCUUUGCGACAUGCAGCCGCAGUGUGCGUGAUUGCUGCGGUAUACGGUAUGCUCGUGGUCUGGUGGGCGUCUCUCGUGUAAACGGGGUGCUAAGCCGGGAAUUAUCACCCGCACCUUUCUUUCAUCUUUUUCCCCCUACCACUGCUGUUGCUUUCUGUUAAUUUGAGCGAAUAACUUGCACUAGCCGCCGUUAUAUUACCAAAUAUGCCUAGAAACGAUAGCUAUACGGGCAUCAUUCUCCUUUGAACAGGGUGCCCCUUCUCGGACGUCCGCGUCGAGUUAUAACCUGUCGCUCGUAUAGACCUCUCCGGCAGCGUAGCUACACACGCCGUUACUUCUUUUCCUCGCA